CUUAACUUGCUUGCGGCCACUUGGAGCUUGGUUGUUUUGGCUCUCCAGAUACAACCGUUCAACUUCAAUUUACCUAACAUCUCGCUAUAAUUCGGAUUGCAGCCAUGGCGGAAGAACUGAUACGGCAUAAUUUUCUGGAGUCAGUCCGGGUUGAGGAUUAUUUGAAUGAUAUGAUCCAAACCGGACAGGACUUACGCAACUUAGAUACCAUCCUUCAGAAUUUACAGACCCAGCAGGAACUUCAAAGAAAACAACUUCGUGAAGCGAAAAAUAUCCUUGCCCAUGCCACCGCAGCGUCAAAGGAGCAUAGCGAAAGUGUGCGCAAACAGGCGACUGCCUUCAAGCAGCAACAGCAGAAUUUGGAUAAACGACUCAUGAUGGUAACCAAGUCAGAUACCAGUGAGCAAGCGGCUAAAUCAUUCGAAAUGAGUAUGGAACGUCUUCGCAGGUUAGAAAUUGCGAAGGGGUAUAUGGGCACAUUGUGUGAAGUAGACGGGCUCAGCAAGGAAACUCUUAAUUUACUUGCAACAUCGCCUCGCCUAGCACUGCGACCUUAUACACGAUUACGAAACAUCUCGUCUGGCCUCAAGUUGGCCCAGCCUGCAGCGGAAGGAGCAGCGCCUCACAUAGUCUCCUACACUUCGCAAAUAGCGAAAAACCUACGAGAUCAAAUGACCAAAGUACUAGAUGACAACCUGGAAACUGUCCUCACGAAAAUGAAAUGGCCGGGUAACGAGCUCAAUACUUCGGAUGACCUGAUCAAUGAGUGGUCGGAUGCGGUUGAAUUAUUACUGGAGCUACAAGCGCCGGAACUAGAGAAUAGCGCAUUAGUUACUAGCCCUGAGUCUGCCCGUCGAUGGGAACCUCCUGUUCUUCUCCCUCUCGUGGUGAUGGCCCGUCCGCUUGAGCUCCGGUUUAAAUACCACUUCAGUGGUGAUAGGUCGACAAAUAGAUUAGACAAGCCUGAAUACUUUUUGUCCCACGUUAUCGACCUCAUCAACACACAUAGCGACUUUUUUGCAAUAUAUCUACAGCCGAUACUCGACAGACGAGCUGAACUUGUUGACUACAAUCUCCGUUGGUCAUAUUCUGAUGCAGUGUCAUCCUUCAUUACCUCUCUUUUCCCGAUGUUACGCCAAAAGAUGAGCUCUAUUCUUCCCAGAAUUGCUGAUCAUCCCCAGCUUCUAAGCCAUUUUAUUCAUGAAUUAAUGAGUUUUGAUACCGAAAUCCGAGACGUGUGGGAUUAUUCCCAGGACAGAUAUUCGUCAGAGACCUGGAAAGGAUUAACUUGGGAGGCUCUUGUUAAACAAGGCUGGUUCAACCACUGGCUGAAAGUGGAGAAAGAUUUUGCAUUGUCACGCUAUCAGGAUAUCAUCGAAAGUGCAGACAGCGGAGAAAUAGAUUAUUACUGCGUUGAGCCAUCGGCCACAAAGCCGACCAAAGCUGCGAUUCGGGUCAAUGAUCUUCUUGAAACAAUAACGGAGCGGUACCGUCCUUUAUCGUCUUUCAGCCAGAAGCUGCGCUUUCUCAUUGACAUUCAAAUCACUAUUUUUGAUCAGUUUCAUGAGAGGCUACGAUCAGGACUAGAGGCAUAUCUUGCGAUGACAUCUACAAUUGGCCGCACGGUCCAAGGCUCCACGGGUGCGGAUGCUAACCUUGAAGGCGUGGCUGGUCUGGAGCGGCUUUGUAGAGUGUAUGGGAGCGCAGAAUAUCUGGAACGGAAAAUGCAGGAUUGGAGCGACGAUGUAUUUUUCUUGGAACUCUGGUCCGAACUUCAAGAGCGCAUCAAGCAAAACAGUCGUACAGGAAGACCCGUGGCAGGACCAAUGAGUGUUUCUGAUGUUGCUGCCCGGACUUCGUCCGCUGUGGCGAACCACAAUGAAGACGGGGGAAACCCAACUGAAGGGGCUCUUUUUGACGAAACGGCAUCCGCUUAUCGCGGGCUAAAAACGAGAUCAGAGUCAAUCAUAAUCUCGGUUUUGAUAUCAAGUGCCCAGUCAGCGCUUCGAGGAUACACUCGGAUAUCGACUUGGUCUUCACUUUCACCUCCAACGAAUCCCAGCGGCCAGUUCUCACAUCCAUCUAUCGAAUUGGCCACAAUACUUAGAGAGCUCCCUACCGAGAUCUCGUUCCUCCAUCGGCUACUAGCGAUGGCUCCACUACAGCGAAUCACUCGCCAACUCCUUCUCUCCAUACAGUCAUAUAUAUGGGACAACGUAUUAAUGAGAAAUACCUUUUCGACAACUGGUGCAUCCCAAUUUGCUGCUGAUGUCGAUAAUAUCUGCAAAGUCGUUGAUGUUGCGACAGAGGACGGAAUGGGGUCCAGAAACGUGAUGCGGAAACUCGAAGACGGUUUGCUACUUCUCAAUUUAAAAAUUAAGCCUACACAGAAAGAUCACGGUGCCUCUACUGGCGCUGGGGAUAAAACACCUAAUCUAUCACUGUGGGAGGCUGAAAAGAGAAUUUUUGCGAGUAACGAAAGUGCGAGAUCAUUGUUGGCCGAAUUGAACAUUGAAACUUUGACGGAGGCGGAGGCGAGGGCAGUGUUGGAGCGGAGAGUAGAAGUACGAUGUUGAGAUGAUCACCCCUGAAGUUGCCUCCAUAUCCUGUUUAAGGGAAACAUAUCUCAUGAGCGGCUUUCGUGCAUCUCUAAAUUUACUUCGCUCCUUUGAUCUAAACAUUAAUUCCUACCCAAUGUAUUAGCUCACACUUCUGUACUCGAUACCCGAAAUUGAAUUUGAUAGCAGCAUCCUAGCACGAGAUGUCAUUCAAUGUUGAUAUAAAGGACUUGUAAUAGCUCAAGGCUCCAUGCUCAGCCCACAGAGGCAGAUAUCAUAUCAAUAAAAUAAGAUAGAUUUUAUCUUUUUUUUUCUCUAUAGGUAUGUAUGGUACAUUUAUGUACAUCAUAAUCCAGGUGUAAUUCCAAGAUGAAAGGAUAGUCGAGUCAUGACGGCGCCUCCUUCAUCCAAUAAACAAACGUCUAUUCUGUAUCCACCAUCCAUAAC